AUGACACAAGAGUUUGUUGAAGACAUCAAACAUCCCGAUAUAAUGACUUUCCAAUCGGACAAGAUGUCCAAAGUCGACGACGAUAGCUUGGAUGUGGAAGCACAAGACUACAUAGCCAAGUUUUUGGACAUGUCCAAUAAUGCUAAGGACAAUGACAACAAGGAAAAGACAAUGCCCUUGAAGGAAGGUUUGAAAACCUUCCCAAAGGCUGCCAUGUGGUCCGUCAUCUUAUCUUCAGCCAUCAUCAUGGAAGGUUACGAUACCAACCUUAUCAACUCCUUCUACUCGUUUCCCGACUUCGUGCGCAAUUUCGGACACUAUUAUCCUGAAAAAGGGAAAUACGAGAUCCCUGCCCGUUGGCAAACGGCUUUGAGUAUGGCUGUUUACUGUGGUGAGAUUAUUGGGUUGUUUGCUGCGGGUGUCGUAGCUGAUAGAGUCGGCUACAGAAAAACCUUGAUUGCUUCUUUGUUGGCCGUUGCUGGUUUGAUCUUUAUUGUCUUCUUUGCCCAGAGCAUUGAGAUGUUGCUUGUCGGGGAACUUUUAUUGGGCAUACCUUGGGGUGCCUUUCAGACCUUGACUGUUUCUUACGCUUCCGAGGUUUGUCCCACAGUCUUGAGGUUGUACUUGACGACAUAUGUCAAUGUGUGUUGGGUUAUCGGACAGUUGAUUUCCUCUUGCGUGUUGAAAGGAAUGGUGGAAUCUAGUAUGAAGAACGCGUGGAAAGUUCCUUUUGCUGUUCAGUGGGUCUGGCCUAUUCCAAUCGCUAUUGGUGUAUACCUUGCACCUGAGUCCCCAUGGUGGUUAGUCAAAAAAGGAAGAAUUCAGGAGGCAAAACAUUCCGUGCUGCGGUUGUUGACUGUCAAUGAACAUCUUCCAGACAAAGAGGUCAUGGUCAACGCCAUGAUUGACAAGAUGAAGAUCACUAUAAAGGAAGAAACAACACAAGCAGAAAACGUCAGCUAUGUUGACUGCUUCAAGAAGGAAAAUAUCAGAAGGACGAGGGUUACUUGCUUGACAUGGUUGGUUCAGAAUAUCACAGGCUCUGCCUUCAUGGGUUACUCCACAUAUUUCUACGAACAAGCCGGCUUGUCCACAUCGAACUCUUUCACGUUUUCCAUCAUUCAGUAUGUCUUGGGUAUCAUUGGUACUCUUUUGUCCUGGUUUACAUCAACCAAAAUUGGUCGGUUUGAUGCUUAUUUUGGUGGUUUGUGUGCACAAACAGUCAUUUUGAUUGUUGUCGGUGGCCUUGGUUUCGCCAAUUCAAGUGGCGCCUCUUGGGCUGUUGGAACAUUGCUUUUGAUCUUCACGUUUGUAUACGAUUCCUCUGUCGGUCCAAUCUGUUAUUGUUUGGUCACCGAACUUCCUUCCACGAGUACGAGAACAAAAACUGUCAUUCUUGCACGUACAGUUUACAACAUUUCCGGUAUUGUCAUUGCCGUCAUUAUGCCUUACAUGUUGAAUCCUACUGCAUGGAAUUGGAAGGCUAAAACCGGUUUGUUCUGGGCUGGUUUUGCUAUUUGCAGCGCUAUCUGGUGUUGGUUCGAACUACCAGAAACUAAAAACAGAACAUUUGCUGAGCUCGAUUACUUGUUCGAAAAUGGUGUCCCCGCCAGAAAAUUCAAGACUACCGAAGUCGAUGUUUUCGAUGUUGGUCGUAUAAUGGAAAAGAUUGGCGAAGAUGGCAUCAGAGAUAUGGUUGAGGAAAGCAAAGCAGAAGCAAAGCACUUAGAGAGUGUUUAG